UUACAAAAAUUGUAGAUCAAAGAAACUGAGACACCUUGGCAAAAAAGAAUAAAAACAAGGUGAAACAAAAACAUAAAUAAUAGGAGUGCCAUAUUAUCUAAGCCAUAAAGACAUCAAAUUUCCAAACUGCUUCCUGUGCUUCCUUGCAGUGAUAGAGUUCCUUACUUCCUUGUCGAUCAGCUUGUGAAUCUUGGCAGGAGGGAGUAAACCUUGGUUGUGGAUGAUGUUGUUCCGCUGCCUCCAUAGAUUGUAGAUUGUGGACUGAGCCGCCAAUUUCCUUAGGAUGGAGGGAGCAGUAGUUGAAGACUGCCUGAUCCAAGACAGCAAUUCAGCCCACGAGCCGAACCGAGAGAUAGGCGCUAGCCUAGAUAUAGUCAAGUUCCAAACUUCCCUGCUGAAAGAACAACAUAGGAACAAGUGAUCAUGAGUCUCCUCCAUUGUGGAGUAGAAAGUACAAGUUGAAGGGACCUGCAGACCCCAUGAAGCAAGCCUUGAUCUUGUGGGCAGUCUAUCAGCAUUUGCAACCCAGAAAUUAAAAGCAUUUUUAGGGGUAGCUCCUUUGAACCAGACAAGAUCAGCCCAUUGUUUUACCUCAUUUCUUGGUCUUAUCACUUCCCACAUCCUCGACGCUGGAUAUUUAUUACCCAAAUUAAUACUUUUUCCAUCUACACACCAAUCAAAAGAGUCCUCAGGGUCUGUCUGUUGCGGCAGCGGGAUGAUGGAGAGAAAGAUAUGGAAGCUAACCGAAGCUUAUUAGCUGUACUACAUUAAGAUGAUGAAUUAAACCGUUACUGCUUCAGGAUAGUCAAAUCUCCUAAACACAUCGGUUUUAGCGCAUUUAAGUUAUUAGUAUAACUUAUUUUAAAUUUUUAAUAUGAACGUAAGAUUCAACGGUAGUCUGUUACAAAAAAAAAAAAAGAUUCAACGGUAGCGUUAUAUUUAUAAGUCUAUAACAUAGCGAAAAUGAAGAGUAACACUUUACAUUUUAUACUAAUUUUCUUAAGAGUUGAAAAGAAGACCAAAACGGAAAAAUAUGCGAGUACUGAGUAGUAUAAAUACAUACCUAAGCUUUUCCAUAAUCUCCUCACAAUUAAAUCUAAUUAACAAACAAAAAAAAAACAGAGUCGUCUUUGACUUUCCAAAAACAGAGCACUUUGCCUCGCUCUUUGCGGAUCUGAAAAUGGCGAUUCCUGUGAUUGAUUUCUCCAAGAUCAACGGCGAAGAAAGGGAGAAGACACUCUCCGACAUCGCCAAAGCAUGCGAAGAAUGGGGUUUCUUCCAGCUGGUGAACCAUGGGAUCCCACUGGAGCUUCUCAACAAAGUGAAGAAGCUGAGCUCAGACUGCUACAAAACAGAGAGAGAAGAAGCGUUCAAGACCUCAACACCCGUGAAGCUGCUCAACGAACUGCUCGAGCAAAACUCUGGAGAGAAGAUCGAAAGCGUUGACUGGGAAGACGUCUUCACUCUCCUAGACCAUAACCAAAACGAAUGGCCAUCCAACACCUCUGGCCUCAAAGAGGCGAUGUUGGAGUACAGAGGAGAAGUGAGGAAGCUAGCGAGCAAGAUGAUGGAAGUGAUGGGGAACUUGGGUUUGCCUAAAGGCUACAUAAAGAAAGCUUUUAACGAAGGGAUGGAAGAAGAUGGAGAAGAGACGGCUUUCUUUGGAACCAAAGUCAGCCAUUACCCGCCUUGUCCUCAUCCUGAGCUCGUGAACGGUCUUAGAGCUCAUACGGAUGCAGGAGGUGUGGUUUUGCUGUUCCAAGACGAUGAGUACGAUGGUCUUCAGGUGUUGAAAGAUGGAGAGUGGAUCGAUGUUCAGCCGGUGCAUAACGCUAUUGUUAUCAACAUUGGUGAUCAGAUUGAGGUUCUUAGCAACGGAAGGUAUAAGAGUGCAUGGCAUAGGGUGUUGGCGAGGGAGGAAGGAAACAGGAGGUCCAUUGCUUCGUUUUACAAUCCGUCGUACAAGGCGGCCAUUGGGCCAGCGGCGGUGUCGGAGGAAGGAAGUGAGAAGAAGUAUCCAAAGUUUGUGUUUGGAGAUUACAUGGAUGUCUAUGCAAACCAGAAGUUCAUGCCUAAGGAGCCUCGUUUCCUUGCUGUAAAGCCUCUCUAAAUGUUGUUUUAAACAGUUUAAAUAUCACUGUUUUAUUUGAUCAAAUGCCAAAUUGAAUAAUUGAUAAUUUGGCAUCUUUUCUUCUUGCUUUGUAUUCUUGUUUUUGAUUUUUUUUUUAAAGUGAUGUAUGAAUCUUUGUUGUGACU